CGCGAGGAUAAUAGCCAAGUGAAUUGAAUGCAAUCAUCCUCUUCAGUCAUCACGAGAUAACGCCCAUGUCCGCAACUCGAAUCAAGAACCUUCAAAGUUAGUGGCGCCACUGAAAUAUUCAUCUCGACGAGGCAGGGAAUCAUGGUCGUGGCAUCGCCAAUGCCAGCUCCAGCAGCCAUUUUCUGCUCGUCCUCUAAUUGCUCGAGACCAACCCUUUGUACCUUAUCGUCUUCUUCUUCUUCGUCUGCUGUCUCAUGCCCCGGCGCUUCCAAAUUCGGUGGCUCCAUAUUGUUUUCGCCUCUGAAUCUGCGCAAGUUCUCGCCGUGGAAUGGGCUGAAGCAUCUUGGCAUUUCGCUGCGGCCUAAAUCUUUAAGAAUGGGUGGGAGGAGCAGGAGUAAGGGCAUGGUUGUGUACGCGUCUCUGUUCGGAGUUGGAGCUCCUGAAGCUUUGGUUAUUGGGGUUGUAGCUCUUUUGGUUUUCGGUCCCAAAGGUCUCGCUGAGGUAGCACGAAAUUUAGGGAAGACUUUGCGAGCAUUUCAACCCACCAUUAGGGAGCUUCAGGAAGUCUCAAGGGAAUUCAAGAGCACACUCGAAAAGGAGAUUGGUCUUGACGAAAUUUCAGAGCAAAACAUGAACAAUUCAAGCAGGACAAGCGCUUCAUCUCCUCCUACGGUCGACCGUGGGAAGGAGCAGGAGACUGUGGUUGACCUUAAUGGUGCUCCUUCCCCCACCAGAGCAUACUCAAGUGAAGAAUACUUGAAGAUUACAGAAGAGCAAUUGAAAGCAUCCGCUGCCCAGCAGCAGGGCCAGACAAUGUCUUCAGAAGAAAGCAAACCCGAACCUCAGCUAGAACAAACCAUAACUUCUGUACCUCCCCCCUCAAAGGCUGAGAAUGGAACAUGAAGAUAUGUGAAACUCCACUUUUUGUGAAGGUUGAGGCAAGACGGCGGAAAGCCAGAAAGAAACCUAGGGUCUGGCGAUAAAGAAGUUUUUCUUAGCUCAUUGUUUUAGAGUGCUAGGCAGCAGUCUGUUGAUACCAACAAGUGCUCAUAAGGGAAUGCGAGUGGGGAAUUUUGUUCUUGGGACUAUCCCAGGUCUCGAGGGAUUGAGAUAUUGUAAGGUUAUCGAUUAGCACGGUGCAAAUUGUAGAGGCAAAGCAGCUUUUAUA